AUGGAUCCUUUCGCAAAACUCCCGACUGAAAUUAUUUGGCAAAUUCUUGAAUCUUGCUGCGACUUCACCAGCUUAAACGGUCUUCAACAAAUAUCUCCCCGAGUGAAGGAAGCUUUCAACGGCUCGUUCAAAAACAUCACUGAACACGUCCUAAGAAACUGCUCCCUCACUUCGCACGGGCUUCAUUACUAUUUCACGCGCUUAGCCUCCAUUUUAUCGACAACAUUCACUCCACAGGCCUUGCUAGAGGAGCUUGCUGGCUCACCAAAGGAUGGUUUGCGACCUAUCCCCCUUUCCACCACCCACUCACUAGCUGCGGUGCAUCAGACUGUAAGUACAGCAGCGGAAAUACAUCUCGCUGCCUGUGCUUGUCUUCAGCAAUUCAUGAAUCGUCUCGAGUCCGCAAAGCCCCGCCGUCCCAUGGCUUCCGAUGCCAAGGUUGUGGAUUGGAUGCACAGAUUAAUUCCACCACCCAAAGGUGGCGAGCUUGUCCAAUUCGAUGUUGAUGCACCAUCGUGGGUAGAAUCUUAUCGGACGCAUCGAGGGCUCUGGAAACUUGAGCUCUUCCACCAGAUCCAUAAUGCUGCGACAAACCACUGGCUAUGGUCUACGCAUGAUCUAGACUGCUUCAGUGAACAAUAUCUGGAAUGGUGUCAGUACCCAGGGGGAACAGAAGAGCUCCAGACGAUUUCGGAGUGCGUGGUCGAUUUAUGUUCUUCCAAACCGACAAUUCUCAGCCACCGGACUCCAUAUUUAGUUGCCAUUCCGCCAUCAACCGUUUUGACGGUACAGAAAUGCUGGCCUUUGCCAAAUAUUCAAGAUACCCACGUUGAUUCGAAAUGGCGUCGGAGUCCGGCAUAUAUAGAGGGCAGAAACUGCGUGAUUAGUUUUUUCAAUUGCCUUCGCGGCGGUGAAAAAGCCCGUAGCUAUAACGCCCUCUGGAAAGUGGAUUUCAAAGCAUUUCGACGACUUGGUGUACCUCUUUGGGACAUGUGGCGAUUGUACCAAAUGAGACUCAUGUCCCAAUCUCGCAGUGUGCUUUCACCACGGGGCGACUGGGUUGGCGGAGAGUCCGAAAAUACUGAAUGGCCUCGUCAUGUUACAGCCUAUAUAUGGUUCAGUCUAGCAGAGGAGGGUGAUGUGAUUGUACAGCUUAGGAAAUAA